GCGAGACCUGCCCUCACACGGAGUCGGGCGGCGGGCCGCGUGCGCCAGGAUGGCUUCGAGACCCACUGAACCGCGCUCCUGUGACACAUUUGUGGCGCUGCCUCCAGCAACAGUUGGCAGCCGGGUUGUUUUUGGAAAAAAUUCAGAUAGACCCUGUGAUGAAGUGCAAGAGAUCGUCUAUUUCCCUGCUGCUUCUCAUAAGGCAGGAGACAAGCUUGAGUGCACUUAUAUAGAAAUUGAGCAAGCAGCAAAAACAUAUGCGGUUGUUUUGAGUCGUCCAUCUUGGAUAUGGGGUGCUGAAAUGGGAGCCAAUGAACAUGGAGUUUGUAUUGGGAAUGAAGCAGUGUGGGGACGAGAAGAAGUCUGUGAUAAUGAAGCACUCCUAGGCAUGGACCUCCUCAGACUUGGACUCGAAAGAGCAGAUACAGCUGAAAAUACCCUCACUGUCAUGGUUGACUUGCUAGAAAAAUAUGGACAAGGAGGAAACUGUAUGGAGAGUCACAUGGCAUUUACCUACCAUAACAGUUUUCUGAUAGCUGAUAGAAAGGAGGCUUGGGUACUGGAGACUUCAGGAAAAUACUGGGCAGCAGAGAAAAUAGAAGAGGGUGUGCGGAAUAUCUCCAAUCAGCUCUCUAUAACAACCAAGAUCGACCGGGAACAUCCCAAAAUGAGAGAUUAUGCUAAGAGCAAAGGCUGGUGGGACGGUGAAAAAGAAUUUGACUUUGCUGCUGUAUAUUCCUACGUAAAUACUGCCAGAAUGACAACUUCAAGGGGCAGAUACUGUGAAGGCUAUAAGCUACUGAAUAAACACAAAGGCAAUAUAACUUCUGAAACAAUGAUGGAAAUUCUUCGGGAUAAAGAGAGUGGCAUUAAUAUGGAAGGAGGAUUUAUGACAACUGGAAGUAUGGUCUCCAUCCUACCUCAGGAGCCUAAUCUCCCUUGUAUUCAUUUCUUUACAGGAACUCCAGACCCUGACAGGUCUGUUUUUAAGCCUUUUAUUUUUGUGCCAAAUAUUACUCAGUUACUAAAAACCAGCUCACCAACAUUUGGUCAUGAUGAUCCAGUGAAGAAGAAACCACGGUUUCUGACUAAGCCAGAUCGAAGACAUGAACUCUAUAAGCAACAUGAAAGUGCUGCUGUGGUUAUGGAAACCUUCAAGGAAAAGGGUAAAGAGAUGCUGGAACAGAUACGGAAGUUGGAGAAAGAGAAAAUUAACAAGAUGGAAUCAAUCCUGCAAAAUCGAUGUCUUGAUGUUAACCAAGCUGUUAACCUUUUUUCACAGUGUGUGGAAGAGGAAAUCAACACAUAUUGCCUAAGAAUAUAAAUCAAAUACAGUGGAAUUUGGUCUUGGUGAUCAUCAUCCUUUGUAGUUGUAUGGCUCUAAGAAUCAAAUCUUACUUUCCAAAAGUAAUUUUUCAUUGAUGAUUAGGCAUUUAGCAUCUUAUACAUGCUGGUCAACAGGCUUUUAAUAAUGAUCAAACAAGAAAGAUUUUCAAAGGUAGGGAAUAGUUUUGCCUUUAAAUGACACUUGGCUAAAGAAUGACAACUAGGUGAAAUUGCAGUUAGAAGCAACUUGAUUAACAACUAAAUAGUAGGUAUUGAAAUGCUUGGUUAUUUUAUGAUUAAGAUUUUCAUUUGAUUUGAAUAACUCACUCUGUGAAUAUGCAUGUAGAUUUUAUACUCAAGAAGCGUUACUCAAGUCGAUCAUCACAGCAUAAUUUCACUGUCUGAAUUAAAAUGGACAAGUGAGGACUCUCUAAAAUGGAGAAGCCACUAUUAUGCAUCAUUAUCCUUUGAGAUUAUUUUAUUCCUGUAAAACAAAUGUUGCAGCACCAAUACUUAUUUUAACUCUGUUAAUAAUCCUCCAGUUGUACAAUUGCCACACUAAGAAAAAUAUUUUACCGUCAGCAAUAAGUUUUCAUGACAGUUGUACAUUAGGAUAGACUAUCGCUCAAUCUAGUAUUACUCUAAUAGGAUACAUGUACUUUACAGUUGCAUUGCCACUUCCACAAUUAUGGAUGACAAGUUAACCUUCAAAUUAACACAUUGAGUCUGAAUGUGCCUAAAGUAAUCUGCCAUUUUAAAACCAAAUUACAGCUUCAACUUUACAAUAAGUAAGUUGUACUGAAAUAUGUUAAUAUAGCUUAGACUUUCAAGUUGCUUUAAGGUAAUGAGUGUUUGGUAUCUUAGCAAUACAAAAUGUCCUGCCAGUUACCACAAAACAUUUAAGCUUUAACAUCCUUAUACAUUUGCUAACCUUUAUUUAGAAAGAAGUGUUUUGGUUUUAUGUACUACUCUGAUUACUUUGAAAUGAAUUUUGCUAGUGCACUUUUCAAGACAGCACUGGAUUGUUUUUCAUAAUCUUUGUAUUGAAUCAUUGCCUGUUUAAAAAACACAAGAACAAUGAAUAAUAGGUCUGAGUAUUUAAAGAUCUGAAGUGUGCAUACUCUUACAGCAUGACAGUUUUAAAUAGAGACUCUUCAAACUUUUCUUCUUUAGAUGAACACCUUGUUAUUCGUAACUUGUCUUGCCAAAGCUGCUAAUUUAUUAAAGAUUUAUUUCAACAAAGCUAAAUUCUUGAUCCUGUAUUAAAGUCAUGAUGAAUUUGUAACAUUACCUUCAUAUUCUUGGCAAGAGACUGGAAGUACAGAUGCAGGAUUCUGACUUCAUUCAUACAGAAUCAAGCAAAAGGUAAGGUAGACUUGUAAAGGAGAAAGUACUUAAAAGUAUCUGAAGUAUAGAAUGUAUAAAAUACCUGGUGAUAUUACUGGCGUACUAAAAAUCAGUUUAAAUUUUCUGUAACUGGUUAGUAACUGCAAUCAGUAUUAGCACAGAAAUCGGAGAUAAAUUUAUCUGAGUAUUUUAAAAAAAAACAAACAGUUUUCCUGGAUAAAUUUGAAGAACUUUACCUAUUUGUAUAUUUUCUCCAUUUAAAACUGUUGCUUUUCUGUGCCUAUAACUAAGCCUGUGUAAUAGAAAUAGAGUGCAGGCCACACUUUCAAUUGCAAUUAUUCAUAUAUAUUAAAAUUGUAUAGAGAUAGACUAACAUCUAAUUAUUUAGCAACAAAUACCUACUUUAGUCAGCAAAAUACUGAGAGAAAACAUUCUUGUAAUAUUUCUGUGUGUUAGGAGGAACACCCACUAGCAGAGGCAUGAAAAAUACAAGCAGAGGAAACCCUCAUAUCCUACAGCUACCGUGAAUACCACCUGCCAAGUGGGGGGGCUCUUGAACCUUCCCCCACAAUGUAAAGUAUUUGAAAUAACACCACUUCCAUGGCAAGAAGCUUUUGGAAGUGAUCAACACACUUUUUAUAAUCCUAAAAAUUAAAUAGACGGUUUAAAAUUGUGAUCAGGAUUCUAGCUAUGACAGACCCUCCAGAAAGCCGUACAAUAGUUUUGUAGAUGCUUUUCUCUGUGUAGGGGCUACAUCCGAUGUACAAUGCAUACCGGUCCUGGAAGUAGGUCACCUCUCCCUCCAAUGGCUCUAUACUGGUUUGGUUUUAUCACACACUAGUAAUGUUAACAGACUGAAGUAUUGGGUGCAUCAUCUUACCCUGGUUACACACACACACACGCCUUUUGUCGAAAAAACUUGGCUGUAUAGACAAGGCCUUAGAGUCCUCACCUUUGUAUAACAACUACAUACUGGAUUCUUGAUUUCAUAUAAAAAGAGCUACAGAAUUCUAGCAACUCUGUAUCAUCCCGGCCCCCAUCAAAGUGAUAGUUCUUGAAAUGGACUACAUAAAGAUGACUAAGUUAUUUCAGAUAUUCCACCUGCCAUUGAGACAUCUUGAUGAUUUGUAGUUUUACAAAUCCAGGGAUACUCUUUUGUAAACUGUAUCCUUUCCAUCACUAUGUGAAAGAGUCCACAAACAAAAGAUGAAAUUGAAACUGAGUGGAGUAUACAAAGCAAACUGAAAAGAUAAGUUUUACAUGCAGACUUUUAGGUUUAGCGAUCAGAGGCGUUACAAAUAAUGCCAGUAGGUAAAACAUUUUCUGUAGAAGUUUGAUUAAGGUGACCGUGACUCUUCUGUGUCUAUGCUAGCAAACACUUAAAACCCCCCACAAGAUUUCCUGAAGGUUCAGUAAUACAAAGAGUGUUCAUAAACUGUCAAAAGGAUAUUUUUUAAUAAAGUGAUUUGCUAUGUUCCAUCU